GUCAAGGCUCUCUCCUCGGGAAGUAGAUUUUCUUGUAGUUCUUUUUCCCUCUCGCCCCUGCUGGCUUCUCGGUGGAGCUCAAAGAGCCGCGGGGCUAGUGCAGCAGGGAUCGCGGGAGGCUGGGAGCCUGUCUCCGGGCACGGGUCUCCGACUGGGAUUUAGGGCAGCCUCAAAGGUGUCCCGCUCGGAGGAAUGGAACCUGCCUUCGGGGAAGUGAACCAGCUCGGGGGGGUGUUUGUCAACGGGAGACCCCUGCCCAAUGCCAUCAGGCUGCGGAUUGUGGAGCUGGCGCAACUGGGCAUCAGACCGUGUGACAUAAGCCGGCAGCUCCGCGUUUCCCACGGCUGUGUCAGCAAAAUCCUGGCUCGCUACAACGAGACGGGUUCCAUCCUACCGGGGGCUAUCGGGGGUAGCAAGCCUCGGGUCACCACCCCCACGGUGGUAAAACACAUCCGGACCUACAAACAAAGGGAUCCGGGCAUCUUCGCCUGGGAGAUCCGGGAUCGCCUGCUGGCAGACGGCGUGUGCGACAAAUACAAUGUGCCGUCGGUCAGCUCCAUCAGCCGCAUCCUCCGAAACAAAAUAGGGAACCUGUCUCAGCAGAGUCACUACGAGUCCUACAAGCAGCACCCGCCACCCCCACAGCCUGCUCUGCCUUACAACCACAUCUACUCCUACCCCAGUCCCAUCGCUGCUGCAGGAGCCAAGGUCCCCACCCCUCCCGGAGUGCCAGCGCUCCCCAGCACCAUGGCCAUGCCCAGGACGUGGCCGUCCUCCCACUCGGUGACGGACAUACUGGGGAUCCGCUCCAUCACAGACCAAGCAGUAAGCGACACCUCGCCUUACCCCAGCCCCAAGGUGGAGGAUUGGAGCAGCCUGGGCCGAAACAGCUUUCCCCCCACCGCUCAGCACGCCGUGAACGGGCUGGAGAAGAACUCCCUUGAGCAGGAGGCCAAGUACAGCCAGGCACCCAGUGGCCUCCCUGCCGUCAGCAGUUUUGUGUCAGCACCAGCCAUGCCUCCCUACGCAACACCAGCCCAAGUGUCACCUUACAUGACGUACAGUGCCACCCCAUCCGGCUACAUGGCGGGUCACGGCUGGCAGCACGCUGGAGGCACCCCACUGUCCCCGCACAGCUGCGACAUCCCCGCCUCACUGGCGUUCAAGGGCAUGCAGACAGCCAGGGAGGGCAGCCACUCGGUCACGGCCUCUGCUCUCUGAUGCAGGAGCUGGUCCAGGACCACCAUGAGCCUGCUGGGUGGUUGUCCCCUGAACCUGGCUGACAAACUGCUCUCUUUGUGCUGGAGAUACCUGGCAUUUCUCCUCAUGACUUGUCUCCUGUAAGGCUUUUAGGAUUAAAAGAGCCGAAGACAUCAGAAACUGACAGAACUGUGGUGUUGUGCUCUUUAAGUAAAGACCUUGCAUCCCUCAAAGGGCUUGUGGAACCUUGUCCCACUCUCUCCUGGUCAAACCACACGUAUUUAUUCAUAAUCAUCACAGACUUUCUAAAUGUGCAAUUGUUAUUAAGAUUUGUGUAAAAUCAAUAAAGAAAAGUCACCUCAGAAAAUUCUUCUAUGCCUUGAAUCAGCAAAGGCGGUUAAAUAGGAGGCGUUUGCCAAUUGCCAAUUGCCAAUUGCCUAAAGAACAACCAAUCAACAGAGUUAUACAAUCCACUUCUAUUAAGAGAUCACUUCUGGUUGUUUCGUUGGGUUUUGGCAAUCAAAUAUAGAACCAAGGCAGUAGGCGGCUCUCAGAUUCUCCUGGUAUGUUGCCAUUGUCAGGCAGUAGUAAUACCUUUGUGUUUUUAUCCAUUUGUAAAUAUAGGCUUUUGACAGCAUUUUGUUUUCACCUUCCAGUACAUUUAUUUUCUUUUUCUAAGUUAAAAAAGUUUUUGACUUUCUAGCUAUUUUUCUGUGUCGUUGUGCGAUGAGGUGACAGCCUCAGGUGCUGAGGUUUUGGUAGGGUUAUUUUCAUUCUGUUUCUGUGCCUACAGUAGAGACUUCAGCAUCUCAUGAAAUACAGUUGUCUCUUCAGCAGAAGAUUCAAAGGCAGAAAUCCAGCCAAGUAACUCUCCCCCAGCUAUAUGGAGUCUUCCAGAUUCGUGAAACUCCACAUUUGUGUUAAGCGUACAAACAGAAAUGGGUGGGAAAUAUCUGAACAAACUGAAAACUGUAGGGGGAAAUGCCAUUAGAGUGCAGCCUGUGCAGAGAUGCUUACAAAAUCA